UCCAUGUUCCUUGUCAGCUCAGUGCAAGAACCUCUGUGGUGAACUGCACACGCAUAUACAGGAGCCAAAGAGCAGAGAGCAGAAACAACACACUUCUGCACAACAGCACUGACUAAAAGCCACCAAAAUGGUCUGACUGGGGCAGCAGGGGCUGAAGACACACCAGAGGAGGCCAACUCACUUUUGAAGGCCAACAAAUCAGGCAGAAGUCAAAAAGAAUAAAAAAUAAGUGCAGCAGCCUCAUGGCCACCAACAACACAGCUGGCAUUGCUCAGGCUCGCAAACUGGUGGAGCAGCUCAAGAUGGAGGCCAAUAUUGACAGGAUAAAGGUCUCCAAAGCAGCAGCAGAUCUGACAUCGUACUGCGAAGCCCACGCUAAAGAGGACCCCCUGCUUUCCCCUGUGCCUGCGUCCGAGAACCCUUUCAGGGAGAAGAAGUUCUUCUGUGCCAUCCUGUAAGCAGCGCUGCCCAGCCAUGGACUCGCCUGCUUCCUCUGGGAUACACUCAUGGACAUUAAACAUGUUGAUCUUUUACAAGGGCUGGAGAGAUGCAGUGGAGAACCCAUAGAUUCUCUCAGCUCUCUAUGAGCCCCGAUUAAAGCCACUGACUCCACCUAGUGGCCUUGAGAUCCAAAGCUGAGCACAGUUACAAGAAUGUGUUGACAUUCGGGAGCAAGAGUAGAAAAAAACAAGAGUGACUGUCAAUGUAGCAGAUCAGAUGUGUUGUGAAAAUAUUCCAGUAUUCAAAGGUUUCUGUGGUUUUGAUGAGGUAUUCAAAUAUUUUUCUUUAUUGAUUUUUAGUGGGCUGUGAUCUGAUCACUGAUCUUAGAACCCAUGGAUUACUCAAGUUGCUGUGUUAUUUCUUUAUUUUCUUUUUAAUAAUCUUUAAUAAUCAUUUUGCUAUAUGCCUACCAUUUAGGUAGCUUUCUGUA